ACGAGGCAGCCCAAAGCCAAAGGCAAAGCCAAGAUAGCCAGCCAGAUAUCCAGCCAGCCAGCCAGCCAUCCAGCCAGCCAAUCACGGCCGGCAGACAGCAGCAGCAGCAGCAGCAAUCGGCGAGACAAUCCCAGCACAACAGCAUCGCAUCCAGCGUCCAGUCUCAGUCUCAUCAGUCAAUCCAAGAGUCGAUAGUCAGAGCUCACUCUACCCGCUCGCUGGAGGAUAUCUUUGCGCUUGGCGCUUUAGUUUCAGUUCGCAUUUGGACGCGUGCUGUUGCGGCCACGCCGAGAGUGUAAUCGGAAUCGGAAUCCAGUGCGCGAAUACUUGUAGCAGCGAGCGAAUGUGUCGCGUGUACAACAACAAUCAAUUUUAAAUCAAAACUCAUAUAUAUAUAUAUACAUAUAUACUCUAUAUAUAUAUAUAUACAUAUAUGUUCGUAUACAUAUAGCUAUACACGUGUCUGAAGUUCAGUGACAAGCCGCAAUCUUACACAAAUAAUAUAUAGCACAACAUAAAUGCUUAUACAGUACAAACAUAUGUAUACACACAACAAAUGUGCAUAGUAAUCGUGUAAAAAUUUGAUCAACGAAAUAAUUACUACACGAUUCUGACCCGCAAAGUUCACGCAUCGCAUUUUCAAUAAAUAUAAAUAAAUAAUUGUGCGACCGAGUUUUUAGUUGUUGGUGUGAUAGAUCACAGCGAACAAAUUUUUAUAGACACAACGCAAAAAAACCCACAUAUUGAAUUUACAUUACAACGAAAUGAAGCUGUUUGCAGUAUUCUUGGCAUUAACGUUGUAUGCGCUGACUCUGGUGCAGUGCCUCAGCCUGCCCGAUCCCAAUGUGAAGUGUGCCAUGGAGUGUGAUACGCAGGAGAACAAAUACAUAUGCGCUGCGGAUGACAAAGGCACCACUAAAACCUAUCGCAAUGUUUGCAUAAUGAAGACGGAGAAUUGCCUGCAGAAUGCAAACUUUCAAAAGAUCAGCGAUAAGGAGUGUCCAUAGAUGCUAGACUCGAAUCCAUUUUCUUGACAGUGCGCAAAUCUGGAGAACGAUGGGAAACUUAAGCUUGGAGAAGAUUUGGGCAAAGACGUCGCUAAGUUUGUUGGAUUCUUUUCUUGCGUGGUAUUUGUGUGUGAUAUUUUUAAGUUGUGCUUCUGCAGAAUACAAAACACGCCCCAAACCCCCCAAAACCCCACCCAAAAACCCUAUCCCCCUUGCAAAUCCACA